AUGGCAUCACUGGCUCCCCACAAAGCCGACUUUCUCCGCGCUGCCAUUGACGGCGGGGUGCUCAAGUUUGGCAGCUUCGAGCUCAAGUCGAAGCGCAUUUCGCCCUAUUUUUUCAAUGCCGGCGACUUUUACCGCGCCGACCUGCUCGAGUCGAUCGCGACCGCCUAUGCGAAGACCAUCAUUGAGGCACACCAGAGCGGCGCUCUCAAUUUCGACAUCGUCUUUGGUCCGGCUUACAAGGGCAUCCCUCUCGCCACCGCAACAACCAUCAAGCUGGGCCAGCUAGACCCGGCCACGUACGGCAAGACCUGCUACUCAUUCGACCGUAAGGAGGCCAAGGACCACGGCGAGGGCGGCAACAUUGUAGGUGCGCCUUUGAGGGGGAAGAGGGUUCUAAUCGUCGACGACGUUAUCACGGCCGGCACCGCCAAGCGUGAGGCCAUUGCAAAGAUCCAGAAGGAAGGCGGCGUGGUGGCGGGCAUUGUGGUCGCGUUGGAUCGCAUGGAGAAGUUGCCGUCGCCCGAUGGAGAUGAUACGAAGCCCAUGCCGAGUGCGAUCGGGGAACUCAGAAAAGAAUACAACCUCCCAAUAUUCGCAAUCCUCACUCUAGACGAUAUCAUUGAGGGUAUGAAGGGGCUUGCAUCGGAGGAUGAUAUCAGGAGGACGGAGGAAUAUCGGGCAAAAUACAAGGCGAGCGAUUAG